GGACCCGUCGGGGGCACAGCAGAUCAUUCUCUCCGUCCUCAUAUCUCUGUUGCGCAAGAUAACACAUUCAGUACGCACCAAUCAGUGGAGGCCGAAAAUUCCACGCCAAGUAGAAAACGUCCAGCAUCUCAAGCUUCAUCUACCGACUUCCUACCUUCGUCUAACAGUAUAUUUUCACCACAUCCCACAUCACAGGAACUUACCGAAGAGGUCGGAGGGGAGAUGGCUCGAAUCCGUGCACAGCUGUUAGAGAAUCAGAUCAGCCUCACACGAGAAGCGGAAGCACGGAGGCCUGAUUAUCUCAAGCGUGCAAAGCAUAUAGAGUCGCCGCCCCCUCUUGAUGUAGACGGCAUAGAAGGACAGCGGGCCGCCGCAACGAUCGGGGUAACGGAGAGUCCUAUCAAAGGCCGGCGGUUGAUGUUAUUUCAGCAAACUUCUGACGAAAGCUUUGAAGAAAGUUUGAUGGCAGGAGGCUACGAUCGCUAUCGCAUGGACUUGCUGCGACCUGUGAAUCCUGGGGACCCGAAUCCUUCAGGAGAGCCAGAAGCACUUCCUUUGGUUAGCGAGCAGGAGCUCCGCCAACAGAACAGGUUGUCUGCAUUCCGGAAUUCCUCCCAAGUUUCCUCCUCACGGUCACAGCUAGCUCCAGUUGAGGUGGAAGGAUAUGGCAGAGUCUUGAUGGAUAUUGGACCCCCUGAUCCACCCAGUCCAAAUAAACUAAGUUCAUCGAAGAAGAAGCGUUACCGGAAAAAGAAGAAGACACCUUCCAUGGACGAAUCAAAGGACCAGAGUACCUUUCCCUUGCAGUCGGAAGCAACUGUUGAUGUUCCAAACUGGCCGGAUACCCAAUUUCCGUGGCGCUUACGUUCGGAGCAGUGCGAUGAUUAUUCCAAAAUGGAGGAGGAACAACGCUUGCGGUACAUCGAAAAUUUCCUCAGCCGGAAUUCGGAUGAUGAAGACGACGAAGAGAGUUUGUUUCAGAAUCAAACAGCGCGUCCCGGGUUCGGUAGCGGCAAAGGCAAAACGUAUCCUCUUCUCGCUCGUUCACAGAAUCGAGAUCGUGGUCCAACCACGGUAUCCGUUGUUCCGAGCGAUCCAGCUGAUGCCAGAACUGCAUUGCUAUCGAAGCGAUCAAUUAGACAGUUCUCGUUUAGACGAGCGCAGCGCAAAUCCACCGACGAUGACAUCGACGAUGAAAUUGUUUGUAUUUGUCGAGGCAGUGAUGAUGGCCGAGAGUUGGUUCAAUGUGACGGAUGUCAUACUUGGUAUCACCUACAAUGCAUUGGCAUUCGAAGUAUCGCGGAAUUGGGCAGGGAGGAAGAUCCCUGGUUUUGUGGCAGUUGUGCCAAAACACCCCCUCCAGAUAUCCUACCGUCAUUCGAGCCGAUGUUUGUGCCAACUGAAGAGAAACUGAGGCAUGAUAAAAGCUACGACCCACCCUUCUUUCACGCCGGCCUCAACCCUUCGCCAGCAGUUCCUUGGAACAGGUCUCCACGGCCACCCAUGACCCCACCUGGCCGCAGGGCAGGCCCUUAUUUUUCCUCUGGUUCUUCCUGGGAUGAAACAUCUUCCCAGCCUGGUCCACAGACACCACAACUCUCCUCUCAAAGUGUUCGUGUGUACACAACGACGCCUGGUUGUGCUGAGCCAUUUAUGGCUGACGAAUCUCCAUUUGAUCCAACCUCGACACCUUCACGCGGCAUCAGAUUUGGCGCUCCCUUUGCAACACCAAAGAAUAAUUUCUGGCAGGGACGCGGUCCUGAGCUGUUCCACACGCCCACUAGACCUAGCGAGGGCAUGUCAAACCGUCGUUUUGGCCACCAUCUGUUGGGAGGUGCAGAAGAUGAUUCGCAACUUCCAAUUACCCACCUCUCCUCCGGCCCUGACAUCACACCAAUUGGUCGUAAUCUCGCCCCUGUCGGGCGUCUCGCAGAAUCUCCACUGGCUGCGAAGAAUUCGCGACGCGGGCCAGGCGGCGGACGGUUUCUGGAUGAGCAUUUUGACAGCGCGAGAGGAGGACGCCGUGGUUAAUCAUUCGCUUGUGCUUUCGUGAGAUCGUAUGUACUGCUUUUAGCUUUAGCUGCUUUUGAGUUUUACCCUACUUGUCACACCUACUGUUUAUUGGAAACAUUCAUCACUUUAUGUAUGAACAAUUGUCUUUACUUACAAUGUUGAGUCGCUCACCUUGCCAUCUCUAUAAUCUGCAGUGGCUCUAAGCCUUCUCACGACAGUAUAUGUAUAUCGCGGAUAAACAUUGAAAACGCAAUCUUCGGCCCCGGCGCUACUCAGCACAUAGCCUCCGGUAGCAUGUAUAUUACACACAUUGUCAUAAAUGAUUGCGCUGGGAAGAGCGGCCGGAAGAUAUCGCUGACUUACAUAAAGCAACCAACCAUGAUGCAGCUCUAGAUCUCGAGCAAGGUUUGGUUCCCAAGGAUUUGCCCGGAUAUGUCAUUUCGACGGACACUCCAUGAAACUCCGUGGCAUUGAUAUACGU